CAUGCCCUGGUAUUUGAUUUACCAACUCCAAAUCGCGGAUGUCAUCCUCUCUCUCUCUCUCUCUCUCUCUCUACAAUUUGACAUGGAUUGAUUAAUUAUAAAGAGCCAUUACUUCUUCCUCUAAUCCAACAAACCUCCUCUUUCUCUGCUGUGUGUGUGUGUAGGGUUUGGGCGAGAAACUUUAGGGGCGAGCGUACGGCAAUUGUAGGCUUUAGUUUUUCCAUGCUACAAUUGGAGAAACCAUCUUGUUCGUUACUGAUCCCGGAAGCCUUCAAUUUCUACGUCACGUAAGAUUUAGGUUCCUGCCCUCUGACCUGUCGGAGCGAGUGGGAUUGUCGUUUCGGGGACAGUUGGGUCGUCGAUUCCGUUUUCCCUGUGCUCAGUGGCAAAUAUUGUUUUGUGGAUAUUGAAUGAUUGUUUCCAUGGAUUUAAAUGCCUCACCUGUACCUGAAGAAGAUGAAGACACUUUUGAACAGAACAUUGAAGAAUACCCUGCACCAGAAGAACGAAUAGAGUCCGCUGUUGAUAUAGCACGCCGGGAGCGUGAUGAAAGACGUAAACGACUGAAAAGAGAAAGACCAGAUGACAGACCAAUGCAUGUAUCUCAACCACCUGCAGAUGAUCAAUUGUUUCAGACAAGAAACCUCAAAUCUUACGAGAAAAGCCGGCUUCCUCCUGGUUGGUUGGACUGUCCUGCAGCUGGUCAGGAAAUAUGCUACAUGAUUCCUUCCAAGGUUCCACUCAGUGAGUAUUAUAAUGGCUAUGUUGCUCCUGGUAAAAGAUACUCAUUUAAGCAAGUGAUCCAACAGCAGAGGGUUUUAGGAAGAAAACUUGGUUUAGUGAUCGAUUUGACGAAUACUUCUCGUUACUAUCCUGCGUCAGAUUUAAAGAAAGAGGGUAUCAAGCAUGUUAAGAUUCAAUGCAAGGGGAGGGAUGCUGUGCCUGAUAAUGCAUCUGUAAAUACCUUCGUCUUUGAGGUUUCCCAAUUCCUCUUUCGUCAAAAGCACUCAAAGAAGUACAUACUUGUCCAUUGUACACAUGGGCAUAAUCGGACGGGAUAUAUGAUAGUUCAUUAUAUCAUGCGAUCACAUCCAACCUCUGUUACUCAGGCAAUAAAAAUGUUUGCUGAAGCACGCCCUCCAGGAAUCUACAAACCAGACUAUAUUGAUGCGUUGUAUACAUUUUAUCAUGAAAAAAAGCCUGAGAUGGUUGUUUGCCCACCAACUCCAGAAUGGAAAAGAUCUUCUGAUCUUGACCUUAAUGGUGAAGCAGUGCCAGAUGAUGAUGAUGAUGGAGUUUCAGCUGCUCCUUUGAAUGAGAAUCAUGAAAUAGAUGUAGCGAUGACCAAUGACGAUGUAUUAGGAGACGAGAUACCUAGGGACCAGCAAGAUGAAAUGCGGCGUUUCUGCUAUCAAACACUUAAGUUGGGUGUUGGGGCAAGAGGAAAUGCACAAUUUCCAGGGUCUCACCCAGUUUCUCUUGACAGGGACAAUCUACAACUAUUAAGGCAGCGUUAUUAUUACGCCACAUGGAAAGCUGAUGGAACACGUUAUAUGAUGCUAAUUACCAUUGACGGAUGCUACUUGAUUGACAGGAGUUUUAAUUUUCGAAGGGUGCAAAUGAGGUUUCCUUGUAGAAACACAAAUGAUGGUUUAGCUGACAAGACUCAUCACUUUACAUUACUUGAUGGAGAGAUGAUAAUUGAUACUUUACCUGACUCACAGAAGCAAGAGAGAAGAUACCUUAUCUAUGAUAUGAUGGCAAUAAAUCAAGUGUCUGUCAUAGAGCGGCCUUUUUAUGAACGUUGGAAGAUGCUUGAGAAAGAAGUGAUUGAACCGCGGAAUUAUGAACGCCACAAUAUUUACCAGUGUAGGAAUCCUUAUUAUAGAUACGACCUUGAACCGUUCAGGGUGAGAAGGAAAGACUUUUGGUUGCUCUCUACUGUUACCAAGCUUUUAAAGGAAUUCAUUCCAAGGCUUUCACAUACUGCAGAUGGUCUUAUUUUUCAGGGUUGGGAUGAUCCUUAUGUUCCACGCACACAUGAAGGCCUCUUGAAGUGGAAAUACCCUGAAAUGAAUUCAGUUGACUUUCUAUUUGAGAUUGAAGGUGAUAAUCGUCAACUACUUUUUCUGCAUGAGCGGGGGAAGAAGAAGCUAAUAGAAGGGAAAGGAAGUAGGGUUGCAUUCAGAGAUGGUUCAGAACCCUCACUGUAUUCCGGAAAAAUUAUCGAGUGUUCGUGGGAUUCCGAAGAAGAAGAAUGGGUCUUUAUGCGGAUCAGACCAGAUAAAUCAACUCCAAAUGCUUUCAAUACUUACAUGAAGGUGAUGCGGAGCAUAAAGGACAAUAUCACUCAGGAAGUCUUGUUGAAUGAGAUUGAUGAGAUCAUUCGAUUGCCCAUGUAUGCUGAUAGGAUACGGAAUGAUAGUAAAGCCCACCAGCAUUCAAAUUCAGUGCGACGAAGGUGAUGGCUGGGAGGGUUUAGUCAUAGAUGUACACAAUACCUUGAGGUCUAUUAGUGAUAGGAGACACCAGAUACUCAAGAAUACCUCCGAUGUCUGUCUGCACAGGUCAUUGCAAGUUCUGUAUAUACCGGAGUUUGGUAUGUACUUGGCAUUCUCGGAUGGGUCACUGAGAUAUUGUGUAAUUAGCUAUCCUUCGCUGUAAUCUUGUAGCAUUGCUUCGUAUGAUCCUGUUGGUACACUUGGUAGUACCCAAAAUCAGGCCCGAAAUGAUUUCUUCCAGGUAGUUGUCCAAUUCAGGAGAGUUAGGAUUAGGGUCACCAUGUAUAUUAUUAUUUCUUCUUUUUUGUUUAAAUGAUUCGUUAAAUGUA